AUGCAGCCGCAUCCUUCAUGGCGUAUCUACGUCGGCGAUGACGUCGACGCUAGCGGCACUGGUGCCGCUCCUGCUGCUGCUGCUGCGAACAAGACGAACACUCACGCAUCGCCCAACAUGGAGGAGGAUACGGCGCGCUUGCUCGACUCGGCGUUCGAGCGGCGUGCCCGCUAUACCCUACAGACCCUUCCAGCGAGGAUUCGCCAGAAGCCGUCGGCAGCGCCGUCACCCGUGCUGCGCUGGCUGCUGCAGCACCGUGUGGACGAAGGGCAGAGAAGGAUGGCGCAGGAAAAAAUGAUCCCCGGUGCGACGGACCAACCCAGCGCCACUCCUGCGCCUGCGCCGUCGCCCACCGUUGCUGCAACAUCAGGAUGCGCUUCGGCAGCAGCAGCAGCAGCAGCAGCAGCAGCGCUAGCGCGCCGCGGUGUCGGGCCGAAGGACCCGUUGGUUCAGCGCCUCCUGAAGAAGCAGCAGAAGGCAGCCACACCCGCCGCGCCAAGCAACGCCACCAAUGCCACUGUCUCAACCGUUCUCAGCGGCAGCACAAGCGCGCCCAUGUCGUGUGUGUCGCACUGGGCGCAGCGCCCCUUCUCUGCCAUGACGUCCACCAGCUGGAAGGUAUUCCGGCAGCAGCUGGGCAUCACCGUCGAGCUGGUGGCGCCGACGCAGCCGCCCACGGAGAGCAGUAGCCCCAGCGCAGUACAGCCGGGUAGUUUUCUUAAGACAUUGCCUCCAGCCGAUACGCUACCGGCGAUCCGCUGCUGGGAGGAAGCCCAGCUGCCGUUGUCGCUUGGCCGGUGCGUCACGCACGCGUACGCGCUGCCGACGGCGGUGCAGUCACAGUGCGUGCCGCUCGCACUUCUCCCGCGGCCCGCGCUUUCGGUCACGGGAGCGGACAGCGGCGGUGUGGCUGGUGCAGCUACGGCGGCGGUGCUUGGCAUGGACAUCCUCGCAGUAGCGGAGACCGGUAGCGGCAAGACUGCGGCGUACCUCGUGCCGCUGCUGUACCACGUGCUGUGCCGUGCACCAAAGCUGCUGGGCCACCCCGACCGGAUCUCGCUGGGGCCGCUGAGCGUGGUGAUUGUGCCGACGCGCGAGCUGGCAGAGCAGGUGACAACGUCCUUUCUGCAGCUGUGUGGCCAGGCGCCGACUGCCUCCAUGUACAGCAGCGACGGGGGCCACAUCUCGCAGGACACCAUCCGCGCCUGGGAGGCACACGAGUUGGAUGUGAGCGGCGCCAGUGGUCACGAUCGUGCGUCCUCUGUGGCCGUGGCGGGGGCGGUGCGAAAUCGUCUCAGCGAGCUGCGCGUGGUCAAGGUGGUUGGUGGCGAGAAUCGCGAUGCGCAGUACGCCGCCCUCGCACGCGGCGCGCACUGCGUCGUCGGCACGGUGGGCCAGCUGCAAAUGCUCCUCGAGGACCGCCUGCUCUCGCUUGGCAACACGCAGUUCGUCGUGAUGGACGAGGCAGAUCGGAUGAUCGACGAGCAGCAGGAGGAGCGACUCACUGCAGUCCUGGAGCGGUGCCCGCAGCCGCGGCAGACAGUCAUGUUCACGGCGACACUGAGUGUGGCCUGCGCGGCAGUGGCGAAGCGGUACCUCGCCAAGGCCGGCUAUUACCUGGUGCGCACGCCGUAUCGGUGCGCCUCGAUCCGCCAGUCCUUCGAGCUGGUCGCCGACACCGGCGCCCCGGCCACGGGUGCUGCAGAGGACCCCGUCACCGCCGCGGCUGGCGCUGCGACAGCAACGGCAGAGGGGCGGAAAAAGAAAACGUCCCGGCAACAAGGACACACCGAGAAGGGCGAGGCGCAACCGUCGCAGCGGCAGCGCCUCCUGCACCCUCUCAUACACGCCCAGAAAUUUGUGCGGUUGGUGGCGUGGCUCGUCUACGGCACCGGCCCGAUCAUUGUCUUCGCCAACGAGAAGUCGACGUGCGACGCGCUGUGGGAGGAGCUACGCGCCGAGGCGGAGCACCUGGACGCGCAGCAGGAAUACUACACAAUCGAGGACAUUGUCGGCCCGCCGCCGGACGGCUUGUCGUUUCGCGAAGACACCGCAGGCGGUCAAGGGGCGACGUCGUCCAGCGCGGCGGCGCGGCGCACGCCGACGUUGGCGAACCUAACCUCCGUUGCCGUCGUGCACUCGGAGCUGUCGCAGACGGAGCGGCGCUCUCUCGUGGCGCAGUUCCAGCGGCGUCAGCGGCACGUUCUCAUCACGACAGACCUUCUUGCUCGGGGCCUUGACGUGGCAGGGGUGACGCUGGUGGUCAACUACGACGUGCCGUGGGCAGCCUCUGCCUCGCCGAGCGACGCCGUGACGCUCUACAUCCACCGCAUCGGGCGUACCGGCCGUGCUGGCUCCACCGGCGUCGCCGUCACCUUCGUGACGUUGCCUGCCGCGAUGGUGCAACGGGCCGAGGAGGUGGCGAGGGAGGAGGCGAAGGACGGUGCGCCGAAGCAACCCGAAGGCCGCACGAAACCGCCCACCGCAGCCCCCCGUGUGUAUGGCGACGAGGAUGACGACCUCGCCGCCCUCGGUGAGCUCUUCGACGGCGACAUGCGUAAUGUCUGUAUGGCAGGGGCAGCGGCGCUAUCCACCACUGCCGCAGACAAUGCCAGCGGCCGUCGCCGCCGCCGCGGGGACGACGACAGCGACGACGACGACACGGAGGUGGACGGCAGCGACGACGACGACGCCAACAAAAAAGACGCCACCGGAAAUACGACCAACACCGCGAGUCACAACGGCAAUGGCAUGCGGAAGCCGCCGAGGAAGCGCCACAAGCGCUCGGCCGCCACCUUCGCCAGCGACGCCGCCGUGCUGCGGCCCCUCUGGUCCUUCCUCGUCGAGUGCGCCGAGGGCGAGGGCUGCCGCGACGGAGCGGCGGCACUGCGGCGCGGCACGUACGCAAAGAUCAGUCUUCCGCCGACGUUGGGCUGCAUCAUGGCGCAGCUCUCUGCCACCUCCCAGUACGGCCGCAUUACCCUGUGA